AUGCUUGCAGUAGCCAACAUGUCCCAAGUGAUACCCAACCAUGUCCUGCGAGUGGGUCAGACCGUCCGACUGAACGCGUCUCCGAGGUCAACGAGUUCGAGUCCGAGUCACCCAAACUCCACCAGUCCGUUCAGCGACCCCGAGCUCGAAGCAUCCCUGGACAACCUGAACCAGCUCAUCCUCGAAUUGGAUCCGACGUUCGAGCCCCUCCCGAUGACGAGUCCCGUCAACGUAAGCUCCAACACAGAAGACUCCUCUCCAGAGGAGGACCUGUACCGCUGCGUCUUGGUCCCCCGGAGCUGCUCCCCUAACACCUCCCGCAGCAUUCCCAUCCCCACGCCCACCUCCUCCGCCUCGCCCCGCUGCAGCCCCCACGGCUCCCUCAUCUUCUCGUCCUCCCCCUCCUCCUCGUCGAGGCCCACGUUGCUGUGCGGCGGCGGCGGCGGCGUGCGGCGGCGGCCCUCGACGCACGGCGACGCCUUCGCCAACGCGAUGUCCCCACGCAGGACGCACUCCAACAGGAACAGCGGCAACUCCAUGCUGUCCAUGUCGCCCGGCUCCGACACCAGCUACAUGCUGGGCAGCUGUCUGUCCCUGGCCAGCGAGGACGCGGACAGCCCCGAUGGCCUCGGCCCGCGGACGAUAUCAGGCUCCUUCAGCAACGUGUCCGGGACGUCCUGUGACACAAGGACCUCGCCGACCAAGCCCUCACUGCUGGACCACUGCCAGGGGCUCCAGGGCUACGGCAGCCACAGCAGCCCCGCGUCACUGGCCGGCUCCCUCAUGGACAUCCCCGUGGUGCUGGUCAACGGAGUGCCGACAGAGCCGGACCCCAGCCGUCCGGUCGCGCCGCAGUCAACGCCCCCGAAGCCGUCACUCCCUCACGGUUUCCAGGCCCAUUUCCAUGGAAGUCAGCCCUCGAUGAAAUUUGUCAUGGACACAUCAAAGUUCUGGUUCCGACCACACAUAAACCGAGCAGAAGCGGAGGCCAUGCUGAAGGACAGGCUACCUGGGGUGUUUGUGGUGAGGGACAGCACGUCCUUCCGGGGCAGCUUCGGCCUGGUGAUGAAGGUGGACCCCUACAACGUCUCCCCCACUGGAUGUCCUGCAGGAGAGAGCAGCUCGGGUGCGAUGAGACACUUUCUCAUCGAGACGUCGGCCAAGGGCGUGCGGAUCAGAGGCUCCCCACACGAGCCCUUCUUCGGUAGUCUAUCUGCCCUGGUCUACCAACACACAAUGACGGCGUGCGCUUUACCCUGCAAGCUACUGCUACAGACCCACGAUCUGGCAGAAGAAGAAGAUGAGUCACAUGACGGCACCGAAUCCGACGUCAAGAACAAAACUGCGAGCAACUUCCUCUUCCUCAACACCGUCCCCACGGAGAUGCUGACCGGCCCCUGUGCCGUGAAGAAGGCCGUCGCCGCCACCCUAGAGAAGCACUCCAAGGCCAGCAUCACCCCCACCAUCGUCAACUUCAGGGUGUCCCAGAAGGGGGUCACCCUGACCGACGUCAAGAGAAAACUGUUCUUCCGGCGCCACUACCCGGCUCACCUGCUGAGCUACAGCGGACCGGAUCCAGACAACCGAUUGUGGCUGCAAGACGGCAAAUCAGGAGCACGGAUGUUUGGCUUCGUGGCCAAAGGCGUGGAGGCUGGCAUGGAGAACGUGUGCCACGUCUUUGCAGAGCAUGACCCCCUUCAGACCUGCGGUGAGGCCAUCGACGUCAUGCAGGGGUCCAUCAGCAAGCUCUAAGCCUCAGAUCCCCAUGCUGGAGGACGAGCCACCAUAGCCACAAUCGGGCCCCUUACCGCUUAAAGUAGAUAUUUAUAGGGGUCUUUUGUGCCUUAGUGGACCGGACAGUGGGUGGAAGAGGAAAUGUGGCAUAUAAUUGCACAUGUAGUGGUAAAUGGUAAAUGGACUGCACCUAUAUCGCGCUUUUCAAACCAGCGGCCGCUCAAAGCGCUUUACAAUGCUGCCUGACGGCGGAGUCCACCAUACAUAGCGACAGCCAGCUUGUCUGCAGCUGUUAGGGUGAGAUGCUUUGCUCAGGGACACCUCGACACUCGGCUAGGAGGAGCCGGGGAUCGAGCCAGCAACCGUCCGGCUGCCAGCCAACCCGCUCUACCUCCUGAGCCUCAUGCCGUCCGCUGACAUUAUGGACAUGGUUAGCAUAUCAGCACUAGUUGGUUGAGGCAAAGUCAUAGAGCCUGGGGUCAGAUACAAUGCCGCAGGUCUUAGCCUCACUCUUUGGAAUUGAGUUGAAUCCGUCUUUUGCAAGGAUAUUCACGUUAUGGGCCAGGUUGAUCACUGCAGAGGUCAGGUUCUGCGAGAAGUUGAAGCCAUACUGUAAUAUUUUCACGCCAAUGGAAGUAAUGUAAGAGAUUGUUCCUCCUAUAUGCUUUAGGAAUAUAUUUAUUUGAUUAUACCUGUAAAGAGAUUUUGUGUUUUAACAUUCUUUGUAAUUUGACAGGUUAUGCUCUGAUUAUUACCAAUAAAGAUCUUGUCAACAUUUAAAGGCUGUGUGUUCUGUCUUGUUC